GGUCAAUGAAAUUUGUCAUUGAGUCAUUCUGUAACUUCCUUUUUACGCGUUUUCAUCAAGACAUCGAGGUUUUUCCAUUUUCUAGUGCUUCUUGUUGAACCCAGCAUUCUUGUUCUAAAAGAAAAUUGUGAGCAGAAAUGGCGAAGCGACGAGCAGAUGAAGUCAACGAAUUAGAAGAGAAAAGGGCGAAGGUAAACGAGGCCCAAAAUGAGCAUCAUUCUGAUGCGUCCAUAGGUAAAAUCUUUAAACCUAUAAUCUAUUCAAUGGCUGCCAGCUAAAAAUGUUAAAGCAGGUGAUGAGAGCGACGUAAGAUCAUCCACGAGGCCCAAUUUUUCCUAACAGAGGAAUUUAUGUUGCAGUCGACAUCGUAGUGUUGACGUUCAAAUGUACGAUAGUUCACAAACAAGGGGCGCCAUUGAUAUUCCUAGGAAUUUUCCACGCAAAUCUGCACCAUUUUAUCACAUUUCAUACACGCGAGAUUCUAUCUCUGCAAUUAUAUUAUGAGGUUUGUGUAUGAUGGCUUCUGAGAAGCCUUUACAAGCAGUCAUUUUGUCUCCUGUGAAGGAUGACGUAGAGGUGUAAACAUCAAAAAAGUAUGUUAGAGAAGAAUGAUCUACCAUUUGAAUAGAUAUCCUCAAACAUGCAGAUCCAGAACUGCUGAAACUGCUGGGCGAUGAACCUUUGAGCGACGAAGUCGAAUACGGCCCUGAGGUUGAUGCCGAACUAGCUUCGAAAUGGACGGAGCACCUUAUUGAAGGUCUGGAGAAAGAUGAAAAAGAAUCUGCUAAAAAGAGAUACCCCAUACCGAAGAACAUUCCUGCCUUAAAACCACCAGCACUCAACCCAGAAUUGCAGAUGCUGGUAAACACUUCCGUCAAGAGGGAGGACAAGUUUUACGCGAACAUCCAAGAGCACCUGGGCAUCGGGAUGGCUGGCGUAGCCACAGCCAUUGACAAGCUGAUUAAAGGGCCACCUUCACCUGAAGAGAUCAAGGAAGAUGUGAUACCAGCUUUAUUGGGUUCCAGUUCUAUCUUAUGCCUUGCGUUUCGGAUGAUGUCCAACAGCAGGAAAUACCAUAUACACUCCAAGUUCAGCAGAUUUGUCAAGAAUGCUGUGAAGGAUUGCAGGUCAGAUGGUGAGUACUUGUUUGGAAAGAACAUGGCUGAAGCAUUGAAAAAUAUGAACGAAAAGAAAACUAACAAAAAGCCAGCGAAGGACGCACCAAAGGCUGAGGUGAAGGAAGAAGGAAACAAGGAUGUUUCAGAGACUCAUGAAGCUGAGAGCAUGUUGGAGGAGGCAGCAAAGCAAGAAGUCAAGGAAGAACCUGCUGCGGAUGAAACUCCAAUGGAAAGCAGCGACAUGGACAACGGCGUGAAAACUGAAGAGGAACAUGCAUCGACGACCGAAGAUACAUCAAUGGCUACAUCUCUUGGCGACGACAUCAAAGACUCCGGAUUUGGACCAGAUGUUCAUCAAGCUAUCGCAGCCAGGUGGUGCAAAUUCCUCCAGCAUGGUGUUGAGAGAAAGGAUAUCGACGAUUUCGCCAAGAAGUACCUAGUUCCGAAAAACAUUCCAUUCUUGAAACCGCCAAAGAUGAAUCCAGAGCUUAAAGAUAUCCUAAGAGAACAACCACGCAGCGAAGACCGAUUCAUGGUUUAUAUUCAGUUUAAGAUGGGCGUGGGCCUAUCUGCUAUAGCCGAAGCGGUUGACAAGUUGCUUACUAAUGAAGUAGGCCCUGAUAAUUUCAAGACUACCAUGCUCCCAUUAAUCGCAGAUGCUGGGAAAAUCAUGUGCGGAGCGUACAAUGCAGUGUCGGUGAAUAGAAAAUACUACAUUGAGAACAAGCUGGAAAAACCGUUCAAACAGGCGAUCAAAGAGAGUAUUCCAGACGAGUACAUUUGUGGUGCAGCUAUUGGUCUCACCAUCAAGCAGAUCCAGGAUAAUUUGCCUGGGGCACGCCCAAAAGAAAGAUUCCAUAGGGGACGUUCUGGUCCCCCCCGAGGACACUCGAGGGACAGGAACAGGUCAGGAGGUUGGAGAGGAGGAAGGGGCAACAGGCGCAACUUUUGGUAGAGAAAAGCCGUUUCAAAGCUAGCAUUAGGACAACCCUCAAUCUGCUACUUUCAGCGUUUUGAAAAGAGGUUCAACUUCAUACACAUACAGUUUUUUUCAUUUUCCAGUGUGAUGCAGUGUAUUUAAUUUCUUGAUCAUUUCUCGACAACUCCAAGUUGAAAAUACAUUAUCUAUAAAUAAAGAAUGUUUAAGCUAAUUUGUACUUUUUGUUUAAUAUAUAAAAAAUCAUAGUGCAUUUCUUCACAGACAAUUUCUCAUUCAAUUUUGGCGACUGCAGUGUUAUAAUUGUUUAUAUUUUGUUCUCACGUCGUAUUAUUUAGUUUUUGAUAUAUGAUGCAAUGUUUUAUGCCAAUCUAUAAUAGUGACAAAAAGCAAUGUUGGUUUGGAUGGUGUAUUUAUUAUUUUUACUAUAUUUUAAAUUUGUAGCAUCUG